AUGCUUUCUGCUAGACCAGCCAUCAGAGCAGCUGCUAGAUCAGCUCUAGCUGCUAACAUUGUUAGAGCUGCACCAAGAAUUGUGAGUACCCACUGCUCCGCCAACCACUGGAAAGUUCCCUUGAGUGGCCGACAGGCUAGACCUCUGUUAUCCGCUAGAUCGUACGCCACCGCUAAGGCUGCGCCAACCGAGGUUUCUUCUAUCUUGGAGUCCAAGAUUAGAGGUGUUUCCGAUGAGGCCAACUUGGACGAGACCGGAAGAGUUCUUUCCGUUGGGUAA